CCCCAGCUGCACAGUUGUGCCUGCCACCAUCCACGAGGUGGCAAUCCAACCACCCGGAUCCUGCUGCAACUUGCUUUGCGCAAAUGACCAAGACGAAGUCGUCGGACCGCCACCGCCGCUUGCUGCCACUGCCCAAGAUGGAGACCCUCUGGGACCGCAGCAAGGAGUGGGGAAAAGACCAGUUCGACAAGGGCAAGCGGCACCUCCAGGAGGCGGCCGGGCUCGGGGCCAAGCCAAACGUCGUCCCUCCUGGCGAGGUCGACAUCCGCUGCGAGCCCCGGGUUGUCGAGAUCGGCUGGCACCCCGUGGCCGGCCUUGCGGGCAAGUGGUUCGCCGAACAGACCGGCCUGGGCAAGCAGAUCACCGAGCGCAUCCACAAGUACCCUGAUCCCACGCAGCAUUGGGGUGUGCUUGUCGGCGGCUAUGUUCAUCAGCUGUGGAUGGACGAGGAUCUCGACGUCAUAUACAUCAACGAGGUGCUCCAGCACGACCAGUGGCACACCUUCCCUGUCGGCAAGACACGCUUCAACGACGAAGCCCUCAGGCAAGCAGGCGAGAUGACCAUCCACGAGAUGCGCGAGAAGCGUGCAGCCUAUCAUCUCAUCGAGAACAACUGCCAGAACUUUGCCAGCAACCUGCUGCGCAAGAUCCAGAUCGGGCACCACCGCGAGUUUGCCACGGCGCUUGCCGUGUACAACAACGCAUUCAGCGCAUCCCAGCUCAAGACUUUGUUUGAGCAGCACCCGGACGAUGACCCGGAGCAACGUCCGGACGGCCCGCCAGAGGGCACCGUCGGGCUCGCCGAGAAGGUAAUGGACGAGCAAACUACCCAGCUAGACAAACAUGGAAACUAGACAACGUCGUAUCCUGUCA